GACAUAAGAAAGAAAGAUAGAGAGAGAGAUAUAUACUUUGGUCAUUUCAGGGUUGUCGUUUCUCUUUCUUGUUCUUUGAGAGGAGAGGGUGUUUGAGAGAUAGAAAGAGAAAGAGAGAGAUGGGGAGGGGUAGGGUUCAGCUGAAGAGGAUAGAGAACAAGAUUAAUAGGCAAGUUACUUUCUCCAAGAGAAGGUCUGGUUUGCUCAAGAAAGCUCAUGAGAUCUCUGUUCUCUGCGAUGCUGAGGUUGCUCUCAUCGUCUUCUCUUCCAAAGGCAAACUCUUCGAAUAUUCCACCGACUCUUGCAUGGAAAGGAUACUUGAACGCUAUGAUCGCUAUUUAUACUCAGACAAACAACUUGUUGGCCGAGAAGUUUCGCAGAGUGAAAACUGGGUUCUAGAACAUGCUAAGCUCAAGGCAAGAGUUGAGGUACUUGAGAAGAACAAAAGGAAUUUCAUGGGGGAAGAUCUCGAUUCGUUGAGCUUAAAGGAGCUUCAAAGCUUGGAGCAUCAGCUCGAUGCUGCUAUCAAGAGCAUUAGGUCAAGAAAGAACCAAGCAAUGUUCGAAUCCAUAUCUGCGCUUCAGAAGAAGGAUAAGGCUUUGCAAGAUCAUAACAAUUCGCUUCUCAAAAAGAUUAAGGAGAGGGAGAAGAAAACGGAUCAGCAAGAAGGACAAUUAAACCAAUGCUCCAACUCUUGUUCAGUUCUUCUGCCCCAAUACUGCUUAAGCUCCUCCAGAGAUGACUUUGUGGAGAGAGUUGAGGGAGAGAACGGCAGUGCACCGUCGUUGACAGAACCAAACUCUCUUCUUCCGGCUUGGAUGUUACGCCCUACCACCACGAAUGAGUAGAAUUAUCAUAUCUCUCUAUCUAUAAUUAUACAUGAUACUAUAUAAUUAAUGUUUAAUAUUUUCAUAACAUAUAUCAGCAGUUUUUUGGUGACCUUAAUACUCAUUAUUAAUACUGAUAUAUGUUUUAAUUAGCUAAUCAUGUUUUAUAUGUAUGAUGGAAAUUCCAAUGUCAAGACCUACGUACGUAUUAGCUAUAUGAUCAUUAGAUUCGAUCGACUGCGUUUUCUUAAGAUCACAAAGAUUUAUAUCUUGGUAAAUGAUUUCUCAUGAAUGAUGUAACUCUUUUUCUUUUA